GAUUCAUAUAAAAGACAGUGUCGCAGUAUAUGUUGAAAUUCCGUUGCGGUGACAUCGAGCCUCAUACAUCUUUUAAAUGUGUGCAAAUAAAAUCGGUAAAAAAACCAUUUGCACAGAGAAGAUAUACAUAAAAUCAAUCUCAAUAAUGGACAUGUUAAUCAAAUAUUUUAGUUUGCUACUCUUAUUCAAUGGUUUCACAAAUGCACAAAAUAUACACAAACUAAAGAAACAACAUGAAUUCAAUUUGAUUGAAUCAAAUAAUGUUAAAAUUAAUUUAAUACCGAAUAGCUGGUAGUGUAAGUGUGGACCCGGUUUUUUUCUCAAGGCAGCGUUGAUAUUAACAUUAUUUACUUUAUACGCAGAUUGCGAUGUAUUUAAAUGUAAAAUUUACAUUCACUUGUGUCUUGUUCGAGCGAAACUUAAUAAACCGACAUUUGUUUGCAAAUCAUUAAUAAGAAAAUCCAUGUAAGACUCCAGAGCAGAAGGAAGGCAUUUGUAUUCCGCUUCAUCAGUGUCCGCCUCUUUUAACAAUUGUCAAAAAUUUCAAAAAAACAUCAACAGAAAGUCAAAUAAAAUUCGCAUUACAAUCACAAUGUGUGGCGCCUGAUAAUAGUAAAUCGGUGUGUUGUGCAGAACCGUCUUUCAAAGAAUCAGAUUUCCCAAUGCCAGGAGAGUGUGGAAGUCAAUUGCAAGAGCGAAUUGUAGGAGGUGAGGAGUCGAGUAUUUUCGAGUAUCCAUGGUUUGCACUGAUUGAAUAUACAAAGACUGGAGAGUCGCCUCGAUUCAUUUGUGGUGGUACUCUUAUCCAUAAAGAUUAUGUUAUAACAGCCGCUCAUUGCAUAAAUGAACCCAAACUAGUACAAAGUGGGUGGAAAAUAAAAUCGGUUCGGUUAGGUGAACAUGAUCUUCGAACUGAUAUCGACUGUGAUGAUGAUGAAGUCUGUGCACCGCCAGUGGUUAAUGUGGACAUUUUAGAAACAUUCGUUCAUGAGGCUUACGAUCCAAAUUCACCCACACAAUAUAAUGAUAUUGCGUUGAUGCGUCUAUCGCAUUCCGUAGAAUUUACAGAUUUUGUCAGGCCAAUAUGUUUACCUUUUUCGCCAACUGUGAGAGUUGAAAACUUUGAUGGCAUUCAUUUGAGCGUCUGUGGUUUUGGCGGAACGGAAAAUGGAACGUCAAGUGAUGUUAAGCUCAAAGUUGAAAUUAAUGGUUUCAAUUGGGAUCGAUGCAAUAAUCUAUAUGGACGACAAUUAGUAACCACUCAAAUUUGUGCUGGGGGCGAACACGGAAAAGAUUCGUGUUCUGGUGAUUCGGGCGGUCCAUUGAUGAGAGAUAGCAAACUGAUGAGCACACUACCAAUUACAUACUUAGUUGGUAUUGUGUCUCGUGGUCCUCAAGCGUGCGGUAAAAAAGAUUAUCCUGCCAUUUAUACGAGAGUUGAUAAGUUCCUAUCCUGGAUUAGAUAUCAAAUAAAGCUUUGAUGAAAUAACAGGGAAAUUAAAACUGUUAGCACUUCAAUCGAUACAGAAAUUACACGCUGAAAAUAAUUUGAAA